AUGAAAAGAAUGAAAUCAGCACAAAGUACUGAAAAUGAUGAGACUGGAGUCGUUGUAACUGAUAUGGAUUCAGUGGAUAAUGUUACCGUUGUACGGGAUUAUUCUAGUAUAGGAUCAGUCAAAUCUACCACUUUGCAAACUCGUGCCUUACCCGUUACGGAUCCAAUUAAAGAAGGAGUAAUAAUGGAAAGUGUUGAAGCGGCAUAUUUCACUGAUGAAGGAUUUGACGCAACAAAUUAUGAACUGAAAAAAAUCAUGGAUACUGAUCUUUUGCCUGAAGAUAUAAGUGGAGAAAUGGAAAAACUCAAGCAGCAACUGCAAGUCAUUUCAAAGCGAAUCUCAGCUAUGAUUAUGCAAAACUCACCAUCAUAUUCAACUCAAUUAAAAGAUAUCGGUGAAAUCAGAGAAAAUUUGGGUGAUAUUCUGUCGAUAAUUCAAGACAUGAGAAGCAAACUUGGUCAUGCCAAACUUGAAAACGAGAAUGGUUUGAAAAUAAUUGCAAAUUAUAUAAAUCGAGUAUUUUUGAAAAAGAUGCUGUCAUCCUUAGAAGCCAUCAAAACUUUGUAUGAAGUUCAGUUUCAAAUUAAGGACUUUAUUGAGUCAAAAUUUUCCUGGAACCAAAUCUCACGUUUUUUUUUCUUAGAAAAUGUUAGCAUGUUUUUUAACUGCUGUUUAUCGCACUGGUUGAAAAUUGUUUGCAGUGAAUUAUCUACAAAGUUAGACGAAGCAUUAGAAGAUAUCGAAAUGAAUUUGGAUAAUUGUCUGGCAUCCAUGACAGUUUUAUUUGAUGUUGACCGCUAUGCAGUAAUUUACGCUGCUUAUAAAAUGUUGAAUAUUAUCGAGGACUGUGGUAUGAAAAUCGUUGGUUUUACUCGGGCAACUUUAGAAAGUUCUGCUAGAAGAGUCAUUAUCGACAAUAUUCUUCCAAAUAAGGUUGAGGCUAAAGUUGAAGAGUUGUCCUACGAGCAACUUUGUGAGGCUGUAAGCGUAGAACACGUAGUGAAUUGCGUGAGAGAAUUAGGUUUCGUUCUUUGCAAGGUUUUGUUCACAUAUCAUGCCAUCAUAUUGUUCCAUGUGGAUGAAGAUGAAAGAUCAGUUUGUACGCAUGAAGAAUAUGAAAAUGUUGGAGUAAUUCGGAAAAUUCUCGUUGACUCUUUGUACUCUAUUUUCAAAACAGCAUCAGUUAAAUUUAACACAUUGCUGUGCUGUCAGGAUCUGCCGCUUUUAAAAAUUGACCAAUUCUUGGAUAUUAUUGAAAUGUCGAACUGGUUUAAGAAGUUUGGUAGAACUUACUUUGGCAAUGCAUGCUUGGAAGUCUCAGUUUUAUUGGAAAAACAAAGUCAUCAAUAUUUCAAAAGAUUCCAUCAGGAACGUAUGGAUGAAUUGCGCAUGUUCCUAGAAAAUGAAGCUUUUGCUUUAUGUCCAGUACCUCUACAAUUCACUUUGUUCGAUUUGCAAGAAUUCAGUUUUUUAAAAGGAUCAGGUAAAUGUGGAGGUAAAUUCGUUCCUGUUCUACAUACUGAAACUGAUCCAGAGUUGGGGGAAUCUUUGGAUUUUCAGUUUCUUCAACCAACUGAUUUGAAUCCUUUUAUGAAAGAAACUGUCAAUGAUGAGCUUUGUGUUACAGAUCCAUGCAUUAGUAUUGAAGCGAUUGCGAACGAUGAUGUCAAUUAUAGUGACGAAAAUAAUGGAUAUGAUGCAGGUGGUAGCUUCUCGCGACUAGUUCCAGUCCUUUGUAAUACGUCAUUGAAUCUGUUACGCUUUAUCGGAAAAUAUAUUCGGAUGACUCAUAUGCUCCAGUCAGUUGCUUUCGAGAGUGUGGCUGGCAUUUUCGAACUUUGCAGUUACUUCUUUUUGACGCCUUUUCAGGUGCACUUAUUUUUAUCAUCAGAUGCUCAUAAUAUUGCCGACUCAUUUCUUUCUUCAAAUUUGAAAAAUGUUAUGGAUAAUUUAAAAAAUGAUUUAUUCAGUGAUUCUCUGUCUAAAGGAGCAGGAAAAUGUAAAUAUUUCCCAUGUGUGUUGUCACAAGCAGUUCAGCUUAAUUUGCCGCCGAGCUAUGCAUUACGUGAACGAAUCAUUGGUGCAGAGUCAGUGAAUUUUAUCUCCAAACAACUUGAUCUUAUUCGUCCAGUUAUCGAAUCAAUGGUUAGUGACAACGACAGUGAAAUAAUCGAGAAAUAUUACACCGAGUUUAUUCAGAUUCUCGUUGUCAUUCCUGAAAUGCGAAAGUACAUGUAUAGCUCUGGAAUAAGCCGUUUAAUCAAUUAUGAUCGUCUUGUGAAUGAAAUAGCAACAACAAAGUGGGAUAUUGAUGAACUUCAAUCACAGCACAGUACUUAUGUUGAUAGUAUAAUAAAAGUUCGCUUUUUUCUAGAACUUACGAAAAUAAAUCUCUUGAUCUCAGAAGUUGCAGAACAAAUACCAGUUACGAAAGGAAUUCAGAAAACGUUUUGGAAUGUACUUAUUUUCUGUAUAUUUAGAGUACUUGUUAAGGGUUAUGGUGAAUUUGGAAAGAAAUGUUCGAAUGAAGGGCGGGCUUUAAUGCAACUUGAUUUUCAACAACUGCUUGCGAAACUGGAACAGUUUGUUGAUUUUAUGGCUAUUCCACACAAGUCUUAUGUUGAAAAUUAUAUAAAAGCUUAUUAUUUACCUGAAAGUUCAAUGGAAUCUUGGGUCCAACAGCAUAAUGAAUACACAGCAAAUCAAAUUAUAACACUGCUAAAUGUGGCAACACAUAUUUCUAAAAAAGCUCGUAUUCGAAUAAUCAGUGCACUGGAUGAAUGA